AUGCUCCUCGCACAAGCCUGUGAUCUCCCGACUCAAGUUGUCAUCGACGCCACAACGGAUGUCAGCGUGGUGUACGAUACGCUGGACGCCGGCACGUCUGCGUGCGUGCUGUUUGACGUGGACCACGUUGAGCUGCCGCAGACGCUGAGCACGAAGCCGGGCGCCCAAGUCGUGUUUUCCCCUGCCCCUGGCCGCUCGCACGUCACGGCCUACGUGGCCGGGAACCUCGUUGCACAGGCAUCCCCUUCAAACGCAGAGAGCGGCCUCACCUUCAGAGGCGUCACAGUCGAGCCUGCAGGCAAUGGUGACGCCAGCGGCAGUGGCGGCGGUGACGGUGGUGAUGCUGGCGGUGCUGAUCCUGCCGUGAUUGCGCUCGCUGCUGUGCUCGGGAUCCUGAUGCUGGUGAAUGUUGCCGUGCUGAUUGUCCGGCGCAGAAGAGCCGCCCAGGGCUCUGGCGGUCGCAAGCGCGAGGUGCGUUUGUGCAGGUCUGCCCGCGACACCUUCUCCUCGCUCAUGGACGGGUCCACGCUCAUCCGCUCCAGCCAGUGCCGCAACGCCGGCGAACUGACUCUGCUCGCACGCGACCCGCGCAGCAUCCGUGUGGCGUCUCUGGACGUCAAAUGCGGGGCGCACGAGCUGUGGCGGGCAACGUUUGUGGAGAAUAUGGUGCCGCUCUACGUCAAGCGAGCACAGCAAGGCCGCGUCAUGGAUGACAAGGUCAUGGAACAACUGCUGCUGGAGGCACAGCUCAUGACGAUGCUUGACACCAAGUUUGUCGUGCAGUUCUACGGCUACACGUUCACGCGCGACGAGGGCGUGUCGUUGCUGUAUGCGUAUCCGAACGGAGGCACGCUUCGCGUGGCCGUGAAACAGCACCUCACCACGCAGGACAGCGCGGAGCGUGUGGGCGUGCUCAUCAAGUGCCUGGUGCAGGUUGCGCAGGCGAUCGAGUACCUCCACACCAACGACGUGGUGCAUGGCUCGCUUUCUGCGGAUGCCGUGUAUGUGACUGCCAACCUGCACAAGGCGCGCAUUGCUGGGUUUUGUCCUUCCUCUGGCAAGCUCGGCGACUCGGAGCUCCUGCAGCCUCCCGAAACGCCCCGCAUCAAAUGGGUUGCGCCAGAGUGUGUGGAGCAAGGACGUAUGAGCAAAGAAGGGGACGUGUGGUCGUUUGGCGUGCUGUGCUGGGAGGCGUUCUCCCAGGGCACCACCCCCUUUGACAGCGUGUCUGGUCUGCAGGCUUACUCGCAGAUGCUGCACGGCCACCGCCUUGACCUUCCAAGUGACUGCCCUUCACAGGUGUAUGACCUGAUGCUGCACGCAUGGAACGCCAGCCCCUCCGACCGGCCCCACGCACACGCACUUGUCAAGCAGUGGCAGCAGGCACUGCAGUCGCUCACAUCCACGGGCUAUGCGCGUGUGCCCAGCACGUACGACGAUGGCAGCGAGGCUGGCGACGACGUGGGCGGUGUCCCACCGCAGUCCAGUCUGCGCGACCGCAAGCGCCGGUUCUCUUUCCUGCGUCGCAUCUCCACCCGCAACCAAGGGUAUGUCAUUUCCGGGUCCAGCAAGGCAACUGCAGCGAACCUGGCCGACCUUGCUGGGCGCACGUCCUCCAAGCGGCGCUGGGCAGACACAUACGGACCAACCACAGAUGACGAACUCUUCGAUCCAGUGGACCGCGCUGAUGUCGGUGGCGAUGGCAGCACGGUGGCCCACGACGGCCACAAGCUUGACGAACAAGGCGGGGAAGAGAUGGAGCUGAAGACAACACACUCGACAGCAGAGGCUACGACGCUGCUUGAAGGCGAUGGCACAACUGCCCCGGAGACGCUGGCGUUUGUGGAGAACGAUCUCGUUGAAGCAAGAAGCCACCCGCCGAUUCCAGAGGAAGAUGAGGAGGAUGCAGAAGCAUCACACCAAAGCAAAGGCCAACCCACACCAUCUCUCGAUGGGACCAGCACCAGCACCAGCAGCACCGGAGCUACCACAAGCUCCGGCACCAAAGCGCAGGAACAGCAGCAGCUUCAAGAAAAAGAGGGGAAGCAGGAGGAGAAGCAGGCGGAGAAGGCGGAGGAGGGCCCAACAGACUGGGGCAGCCUCGCUGACGCUGACAGUCAUGAUGACCAGCACAAACAGCACAUGGACAGCGAUGACGGGGGCGAGGAUGAUGGCCAAGAGGGCAACGUGCGGGUGUCGCUCACACAUGAGGAAUACAUCGAGAUUGCGUGUGCAGAUGACGACCAACGGGACAAGGACGAUGAAUGCAAUCUGGAUGCCCCGGAGGGCGCUGGCAACGAGGACGCCAGCGAUGCAGCCGCCACCACCAGCAAUGCAGCCGCCACCACCAGCAACACCAACAACACCAACACCGUCAACAGCAGCAAAAGCAACAGCAGCAACAACAGCGAUAACGCAGCACCCAAAGCCAUCGUGACUGACAAGAACGGCGACGGCAAGGAAGGCGACACACAGGCCUCUGCUUCCACUGAGACUGAUGCACAUUCACCCGCUGUGGCUGUGCCUGUACUGGACGUGACACCUGACUACGGUCGCCCUGUGCAGACACAAGUGCAGACCAGCGCUGCCGUGCCCACAACAAAAGCAACAACAACAGCAACAACUACUGCACCGCCACCUGCAGCUGAUAGCAACUACGAGGAUGUGGCGUUCGCAGACAACGCUGCCACUGCCACCGCUACCACCACUGCCACAGCAACGGGUGUUGCGCCCCAGAAAGCUAAAGGACACGGACUGCAGCUACAGUAUGAGAGUUUGUAUGAGGACACGCACGCACAAGCGCACGCCACCGAUCCACCACCACUGGCUCCGCCUGUGAAUGUGCAGUUGGUGGAAGACGCGGGCCUGUACGAGACAGUGACGCAAGUUGGUCCACAGGUGCUGGUGGUUCCACACACGCCAAGCGCGCCACCACCAGCUGCCCGCCCGCCACUGCCUGGGGUGCCACCGCCACUGCCACCCAAGAAAGCGCCGACAGCGGGCGAGCACAUGGUCCCCGCUGUCCACUCCCAGCCUCGAUCCGCAGCGCCAUUCAGAGGCAUGGCACCACCACCACCACCGCCGGCCGCCACACACACCAGCGCUGUUCUCGCUCAGCAGCCCGCCUACGAGAUGCCUCUUCCUGCCACUCCCGAGCAAGGCGUGCAAAGCGGCCAGCAGCAGGGUGCACCGCCACUCCCACCACGCGCCCCUCUCAUGGAGGACGACCAGCUUUACGAGCAAGUUGACGACAACAAGUAGAGGUUGUGUUGUGUGACGAGCUAGCAACGGCGCUGAGGGACAGGCUCAGGAAGGAGGGCUGUUGACUUGAGUCUGGCUUUCAUUCCGGCGUCCUCCUGGUGUUGGAAGCCACCUCACCGCGCCGCACG